AUGGCGGGAGUUUUGGAAGGCCCACGGUUGCGUUCGGAUAGCAACUCCAGCACAGCGUCCAGCAGAACAAUGCUGCGGCAGAGGCUCUCUCAGCUCCUCACAUGUGUGGAGGACCUCAGCUCUGAUGAUGAGGCCACUGAGGAGGUGUCUCGCACCCUGGAUGAAGCCUUCCAGCUUUGCGGACGAUAUAGCGGAGAAUUCUUCAGACUGCACAUAGUGACAUGGAACGUCGCUACAGCAGAGCCUCCAGAUGAUGUUAGGUCACUGUUGCAGCUGGAUUCUGACACCCCUGCUGACCUUUUUGUGAUUGGUCUGCAGGAGGUGAGAGCCACUCCAGUAAAGUAUGUCUCUGAUCUGAUAGCAGAAGACUCAUGGAGCCACCUCUUCAUGAACACUCUGGGGCCAAUUGGCUUUGUCAAGGUGACCUCUGUGAGGAUGCAGGGUCUCCUCCUGAUGGUCUUUGCUAAGCAGGCGCAUCUUCCCUUUAUCCGGGACAUCCAGAGCACAUACACCCGCACCGGCAUUUUUGGCUAUUGGGGGAAUAAAGGUGGCGUGUCAGUGCGUUUCUCCUUCUAUGGCCACAUGCUUUGCUUUCUGAACUGUCACCUGGCAGCACAUAUGAACUAUGCUGUGCAGCGCGUGGAUGAGUUUGAGUACAUCCUGGACUCACAAGACUUUGACUUCUACAACACGCCGCAUGUGCUUGACCACAAGGUGGUGUUUUGGUUUGGUGAUUUGAACUUCCGCAUCGCGGACCAUGGCCUGCACUUCCUGCGCUCCUCCAUCAACAGCGGCCGCUUCAACCUGCUGUGGAGCAAAGACCAACUGCUGAUGAUGAAGCAGAAGGAGCCGCUGUUGCAGCAGUUUGAGGAAGGGCCUCUGCAGUUCAAACCCACAUACAAAUUCGACCGCUUCUCCGAGACAUAUGACACAAGCCCGCAGAAGACAUGGUUUGGUUUUAAUGGGAAGAAGCGGAAGCCGGCCUGGACAGAUCGGAUCCUGUGGCGGAUAAAACCCAGGGAUGAGGAGGAGUGUGGGUCGAUAGCAGAUGAUGAAGAAUCGCUUGUGAAGGUGACUCAGGACAUAUACACCUGUGAUCCAUCCUAUGGAGUCAGUGAUCACAAACCUGUCAUCGGCACCUUUAACCUGGAGCUGCAGAAGAAAGUGGAGACGCCGCUGGUGUGUGUGAGUGCAGAAGGCCAGUGGAGCGCUGAUGAAGACGCAGUGCUCACUUACACCAUUCAGGAGAAGUUUGACGCCUGCACCUCAGACUGGAUUGGCCUCUACAAGAUUGGCUUUAAAAGUGCUUUGGAUUAUAUCGCCUUUGUCUGGGUCAAGGAGGACGAGAUCGCUGCUGUCGAUGAAGUUGUUCAGUUAAGCAUGAAGAGAGAUGACCUCCCCCUGCUGGCAGGGGAUUACAUUCUGGGCUACUUCAGCAGAAACAUGCAGUCCCUGGUGGGCCUUAGCCCUACUUUUCAGAUAAUGGAGUCUACACUGGCUCUGCUGGAGGGCCUGGUGCCUGAAAACAUUAACGGACUGGACAAGUAA